AUGGGGGUGGAGAAGGGGGGGGGGGAAGAGACGCUGCCGGAGACAAACAUAAAAACACCACCACCUACUCUGCGCUCCUCUCGCCCCCUCGCGAAGAAGGGCAGCCAGAUCUGCGCACAUGGAGAGCAGCAGAGGCCCGGCGGCGGCGGCGGCAACUGCGCCCGGCGGCUUUCCUUCGCGCCUUUCCCGCGCCCCUCCUGGCUCCGGCUGCUGCAACAGCCUGCUCGUGCGCUCCCAGAAGGCGCUGGGAGAGGAAAGAAGCAGGGUCCUCUCCCGGGCAUAUCAUCCCAGUCAGAAAACUGA